UUUAUUUUGGUUUUUUGCCGACUGUUCUUGGAUGUCAUAAAUGUCAUUUUGACAACUAUUAUCAGUUUAAGACUGUGAAAAAAUUAAAAUAAAGAAAAUUAGCAAUAAGUAGAGUAAAGUUAUUGCUACAUAGACUGUUUUUUAAGUAUUUCUGUUUAAUUCCUAUCUGAUACUUAUGCCUGAACAUUUUUUCAUUGAAGUCAUAAUUAAUUCUUGCAAUAAUAUUUUUUACUACAUUUAGCUUGUAAAAAUUGAUAUUGUAUUUUAUAAAAUCGAAAUUAAUUAUAGACCUCCAAGCUUAAGUAUUGAUUAGAAUGUUUCAUACUCUUAAAUUUUAACUAACAUUAGUCAAUGUGACAUUUAGUUCACCUUCGUAAUUAUAUUGGAGGAAAUUUGCGAACUUAUUUCAUUAUCUCAUACUGUUUUAGGUAAAUUUUCUGCAUUUCCUAAAAUAUAAAAUUCCAUACUGUAUUUUAUUGUCGAAAUUUUAUUUAUUUUAAUUAUCAAUUAAUAAAUUAAAAGAAUUAUAAAGAGUAAUUUAUAUUUUUGAAACCGCUGAAAGAGUUUAAUACAAAUAUGUUGUAUAAUUGAAAAAAAGAAAAAAAAACCUAUUGUACGAAUUAUUUUUACUAUUUAUAUACUCUUCCAAUAAGUGAAAGAGGAAAAUAAAAACCUGUGUAACUUGGCUAAAACUGGAAUUGAUAUAGGAAUAACUUUUAUGUGAAAUGGAUAACGAAGAAAAACCAGACUUUGAAAAUCAAAGUUUCAGCUCAACUGCUAACCAUGUUGAUAUAAAUUUUGCAACUACAUUGCCUGAUCAAGUUUUAGAAUAUAAUACUCUACCCUGCAAGAGGUUAAAAGUAGAUAAUGAUUCAUCAUCACUAGUACAACUUUCAGACCAUAUUCCUUCAUCAAGUAGUGAAGUUAAACCGGUUAACCAAGAAAAUAGAAAAAGUGACCAUAAUGAUAUUAGAUUAGAAUACAGCUGUUCAGAAGAGGAAUUGAAAGAUAAUGACACUAAUUAUUUCAGGUGUUAUGCUGACCUAUCAAUUCAUAGAGUAAUGAUUGGAGAUUAUUCCAGAACUCAGGCUUAUCGAAGAGCAAUUCUAACCAAUUACAAAAUGUUUCAUCAGAAAGUAGUCUUAGAUGUUGGUGCUGGUACAGGUAUCCUUAGUGUAUUUUGUGCUCAAGCUGGUGCAAAGAAAGUUUAUGCUGUUGAAGCAAGUUCCAUAGCAGAAGCAGCUAGAAAAGUUGUAGCAACUAAUGGUUACUCUCAUGUAAUUACUGUAAUUGAAGGGAAAAUGGAGGAUGCUGUUUUACCAGAAAAAGUAGAUAUCAUUGUUAGUGAAUGGAUGGGUUAUAUGCUUAUGUAUGAAUCAAUGCUUCCUUCACUACUUCAAGCUCGUGAUAGAUAUCUAAAGGAAAAUGGUCGCCUUUUUCCGGAAGAAGUUAGGAUAUACAUUGCUCCAAUCACAGAUCAUCAGCAGUAUGAAUAUAGUGUAGAUUAUUGGCAUAAAACUAAAGAUGACUAUAAAGUUGAUAUGAGUAUUCUAGCUAAUCUUGCUGCUGAACAAUUGAGGUCUUCAGUACAUGUGAUGUCAGUUGAUCCAGCUUCAAUAUUAUCUCAUGCCAGUUGUGUUACAGUUCUAGAGCUUUCUACUGUUCCCCAGUCUCUUUCAGAUUCUACCCAGGGUUCUUUUAAGUGCAACUGCUUUGGAAAAGCAAUUAUUCAUGGUUUUGUUAUUUGGUUUACGGUGCAUUUCCCCAACAAUAUUGUUUUAUCUACUUCCCCGUAUGAACGCGAAACACAUUGGGAACAAUCUGUUUUAUAUAUUACUCCUGAAGUUGUUGAACAAGACACUGUGAUUGAUGGGAAACUGUUUAUUCGAAGGGGUGAAGUUUAUCGUAGGUUUUUAGACAUUGAGCUUGAAUAUCAUAUCAAUGGAGGAGAAAAAAAAACAAUGAAAUUCAAGAUGAAAGAUUAAUGCUAAAAUUAGUUAAUACCAAAUUCAUGUACUCAUUGAAAAUAAAUUAUCGCUCUCAUAGUAA